UCCCGAGGGAGUGCGCGCACGGGGUCCCAGGCCGGCGUGUCCGCCGGUGUGAGUGCGAGUGAGUGUGGCCCCACGCAGCUCUCUCCGCUCCGCGCUGCCUGGGCAGCCCGCACACUCACGCUGCGUGGUUGCUGCCGGGUGACUCGGGCUGGGCCGGCCCCCUGCCUGCCCGCCCCUGGCACUCACUCGCGCUGGCCUUCGCGGAGGCCCCGCCGCGCCAUGCCGGGCCUGCUGAGCCGCCCCCGGCGGGGGUCGCUCUGGGCCGGGCCGUGCGGGGGCGGGGAGGCGCUGCCUGCAUGACCCCCCGGCGGCGCGGGGAAAAGGCGACCAUUUGCAUCCAGGAGCAUGUGGCCAUCGACGUGUGCCCCGGCCCCAUCCGCCCCAUCCAGCAGAUCUCUGGCUACUUCCCCCACUUCCCGCGGGACCUGCCCCAUGACGCCCCCGCGCGCCCAGCCACUGCCAGCGCCGGCCGCCGCCGCCCCUCUGACGGCGCCCGCGACGACGACAAGGAUGGCGACCAUCUCUUCGGAAGCCUAACGAUCCAGCACAGGUCCCAGCCCUGCGCAGCCGGCCGCCAAGCCGCCAGAGGACCAGCCGAACGCCAAAGGCUAGGAGUGGACGAUUGCAGGUACAGUUCAGUCAUGCUCAGUACCUUCUACCUUCACACUGUGUGCAACCCAUCUCCAGAAGCCUCUUCAUCCUGCAAAAUUGAAACUGGACCCAUUAAACAACAGCUCCCCAUUCAUCCUCCCCCGGCCCCUGGCAACCGCCUUUCUGCUUCCUUCUCCAUGGAUGUGACUGUUCUAGGAACCUCCAAUAAGUGCAAUCACCCAGUAUCUGUGCUUUUGUGUCUACCUCCUUUCAGUCAGCAGAAUGUCUUCAGGCUUCAUCCAUACUGCAGCCCGUGUCAAAACUUCCUUUUUCAGGCUGAAUGAUACUUGAGAAUCAGAAUCUCCUCUCCUGAACACUUCACCAGCAACAGCAUCUGAGAGGCCCAGGGAGGGGCAGGGCUGGGGUUUGGGGGAGAGGCUCUCCUCUCAAAGCCAGAUGCCCCCCCAUCUAUCCCCUCAGUGCCAGCACCAGCCAGGGCCUCCUCUCAUGGCUUACUCCUCCUGUCCCUCCCGUGGGAGCCGCCCCUAAACCAUGGGGUCAGUUUCUGUCUCUUGCCAACUCACUAGCUGGGGAGGGUCUAUCCAAGAGCCCCCCUAACAGCUCCCUGACCUGGAAUCAGCCUCCUGCCCUCCCCCUUCUGUGGACAGAAGUCAGACUCCAUGGGAGGGCAGCCCCACAGAGGGCUGGGUGGAGGCACUGGUGGGAACCCGGGGUCAGGGCCAGGGAAGCUACCUGUUUGGGCACAGAAGCUGUUGGCAGCACGGUGACACGGCCUCAGGCAGUGCCCACUGGUCUUUUUGCUUCUGGCCAAAUGUGUGGCUGUUCAGGGUGCUCAGGGGCCUGCCGGGUGAAGGAGAGGAGAGGCGACAGCAGAGGGCCCAUCACAGUCCAGGGGUCAGAAGGACAGAGCAGGCAUCACUCCGUCCCAGUGUGGCAGCGCCCCCAGCCUAGCCCCCACGGGUGUCUUGGGGCACAGAGGUGGGACAACCAGAGCCACUGGACAGACAUGCCAAAACUUCUGGUGGCCCAAAGAUAUGCAAGUGAAAUGUGUCAAGAGACAGGACCCAGUGAAAACAUUUUGAGCUACAACAAACAAAUGUAUACGAAUUGUAAGAAUAAGACACAGUGGUCAGGGACCCCCUGCACAGGGUGGGCCACCAGAUUCCCAGAACUCUGCACUCCAGGCACGUGGUGGGAAAGGCAAGAGGCCAGGGUGAGGGAGUUGGGUUUGGAAGAGCAGCCAUGUCACUGUGGGUGCACAUGGGGCUACUGAGCCAGGCCCUGUCCCAGAGGCAACCCCACAGUGCAGGGCACAGCUCACGUAUGCCCACCUGACCUCAGCCACUUCUCUGGCAUCUCACAGGGGCCUGGCGUGCAGGGAAGGGGAGGAGACGCUCUGCCUGCCAGGCCCUGUGUCCACGUCGUCUCCCUCCCUCUCACUCUAGCCCUGGGAAGAUGGGACUCUUACAUCCUUGCCCGUUUUUUUUUUUUUUUUUUUUAAUUUUGAGAAACGGUUUCAGUCUGUUGCCCAGACUGGAGUACAGUGGCAUGAUCAUGGCUCACUGCAGCCUCUGCCUCCUGGGUUCAAGCAGUCCUCCUCCCUUAGCCUCCGUAAUAGCUGGGACCACAGGCAUGUGCCACCACACCCAGCUAAUUUUUAAAUUUUUUGUAGAGACGGUGUCUCACUAUGUUGCCCAGGCCGGUCUUGAACUCCUGGGCUCAUGGGCUGGGAUUACAGGUGUGAGCCACUGCGCCCGGCUGAGGCGCAGAUGAUGAUAAAGCUGAGGCUUCGGGUGAAAAGUACUCAUCCACUUCCUAGCGAGUGAAUACAGGGGCUGAGCCCAGAAACCAUGCCAGCCAGGCCCCCAAACUUCUGCCCUCUUCCAGUGGCAGAGAAGUAGGUGGUUGGGAGCCCCCCGAUCCCCCGGAGCUCUGCCAAACCAAGGUGGGGUCGGCCUGGGAGGGAGACUCAGCCUCCCCUUGGAGAUGAGCCUGGUGUGAGCAGCCAGGCUGCCUCCCUGACCCGGCUGGGUAGAGGCCUUGCGGUGCAUCUUUGAAUAAUGUUCUGGGGUUACCGGCUGCGCCCCACGGAUGCCACAGCUGCCUCCCUACAGCCCUGUGCUCCAGCCCAGAAGAAAAAAAAAAUGCAGUUUUCCGAAACAAGAGCCUGCUGAGGUCAGCGAAGCCCCUAUCUGCCCAUCCUUCUGUGUGUCCCUGGGUCUGCACGCUUGGCUGGGUUUUCUAAAGGAACGGAAGGCAGAGUGAGUGAGGGGUGCCGUCUUGUGGAGGAACCCUCUGUGGCCGAUCAGCUUGUGUGACCUCUGUGGACUGACUGGGAGUUGUGACAAAUAUGGCCAGAAAUGGGGCCUCUCGGACGGUGACCCGGGGUUAUGUGGAUUUAGGGUCAGUGAGGGAUGUGGCCUCUCAGGAGGCGGUGCUGGGAAGAUGGGGGAGAGGAGUCGGGACGAGGGAAGGGCCUGACCAAAGCGGGGUGGGGAGGGAGGCUCAGAGGAAGGUGAGCCACCUGGCUUUCAGGAUGGUGAGGAGAGAAAGUCUGUCCUGACAGAGGCCCCAUAACAGCUGCCCUGGGCCAGGAUGUUUGUGGGAGGGGAGAUUGCACCGCAAUGCCACCCUCACUGCCUGUGUCUGGAGGUGUGGGGCCAGGGGCUUCUGUGACAGGGGCCAUGAAUGGACCCAGCCAGGAGACCCAGGGGACAAGGGCAUCUGCUGGCCCAGGCACCUGCAGGCCCUGGCAGCUCCAUCCCCCGAUUUCCCGUUCACACCCUUUGCUGUUCUCUACCCGGGACCUGAAGCCCAUGGACCACAAUGGGCUGGCAGACCCCUGUGUCAAGCUGCACCUGCGGCCAGGAGCCAGGAAGGUGAGGGAGUUUCACCCAGGCUUGCCCACCAGCUGUGCCCACCUAUGGGGCCUGGACUGGGCUGGGGGCACCCAGGGAAGCCCACAGGUGCCACUCCCCCUCAGAGCCCAAGCAAGCUGAGGAGACCUCAGCCACUCACCUCCAUGCAGAGCACCCAGUCUGUCCCACACCCGGGAUGCCUUCCAGCAUUACCUACCUGCUGAUCUGGGGAAACCCCUGGAGAAUUUCCAGGCUGGCAUUUUAUAAGAAGCAUUCUCAGCUGGAGGUUACUAUGAUGUGCAAACAAAGACUGGUCAGAUCACACUGGAAAACAUUGUUAAACCAGUUUCUUUACUGUAGGACUUACCAGAGCCUUUAAUGUGCUGAUGGGCUGCUCCUCGACUCUCAGUAAGGGGGAUGAAGUAGGCAGCGUCUGCCCAAUGUAUUUGACCACAGAAUCCUCAUUCCCAUGAGAGAUGGGCCAAGAGGCCGACCACAAAUGCACUUAAGGCACCAGCACAACAGUGCAUCUAGGAGAGGAGAGAAGAAAAUGCUAUUAAAUAAAAGCAUCAAGGUGACCUUGAGCCAUGAAAAAUCAGAACUUCUUAGACUUCCUUCCUUCUGUGUAUCCUACACUUCAGUGUUGCUUUAUUUUUAGUUUCACAGGGCAGAGUCUGAGUUGACUUGGGGACCUAAAUGUGUAUGCCUGGGGCCCACCGCAGUCCAGGAGGACCACCCCAGAAGGGAACAUUGCGCCUUCUCUGGGGAAGGCAGGGCUGUAGGAGACACGGCAGUGCCCCACCACCUACUCCCGGGGAAGAAAUGGCUCCCCGCACCAGGCCUGGAUGUCCUUAUGCUGCAGGUGGAGCUCAGGGAUGUGAGAGCCAAGAGUGAGUGUAACCAGGGAAGUGUGCCCAAUGCGGGAGCUCAGUGACCCCUAACUCGUGGGACUGGAGCCGGCAGGGCCUGUUGGAGGAAGUCCCCGGGACUCUCCCCGGUGUUUUAUAAAGAGCAGUCUCCUUGUAGACCAGCUCCUGAAAGCAGUGCGAGAGAGGGAUUCCUGUGUCCUUUCCACGGUGGGGAACCUGACGCUGCCACAGAGCUGGAAUUGAAACCCCGGGCUGCCUGACCUCCAAACCUAGGCCGGGGUGGCGGGCAUCAGACUGAGUCAGACACGGAGCUCAGAGUCGCUGGCACAGGAGGAAGGAGUGGUGGCAAUACUCCCGCUCAGAGAGGCCACUGCACGAGCAUGCCUGAGGCCAGGAUGGGUUCCAGGCAGAGGGGACAGUCCGCAAAGGCAGGGCAUGCCCUGGGAAGGAGACUCCAGUUCCACACCAGGUGUCCUGCAGAACCUACCCCAGGGCACCAGGGGCUGGAGCUGGGAUCCUCCUUGGAUGAGCCUCCUAUGGCUGCUGCAGCAAAUGACCACAAACUUAGAGGCUUAGAGCAACACACUUACUAUCUCACCGCUCUGCAGGUUAGAAGUCUGACAGUGGUCUCCCUGGGCUAAUGUCAAGGUGUCGGCAGGGCUGCGUUUCUUCUGGAGCCUGGGGAUUCCACCCAUUUCCUGGCUCUUUCCAGCUUCUAGAGGCCGCCCGCCCUCCUUGGCUGGUGGCCGAUUCCUCCACCUUCACAGCCGGCCUGGUUGCAUCUCCCUGGCCUUCUUCCUUGGUGACAUCUCACUCUUCUCUUCUCUGUCCUUUCUUCUGCUUUUAAGAACCCUGUGACCACAUUUGGCCACCCAGACAGUCUGGGAUAAUCUCCCUAGUCAGCUAAUUAACAACCUUAACUCCAUCUGCAGCCUCAGUUCCCCAUGGCCACGUCAAUAACAUAUUCACAGCUUCGGAGAUUAGGACGUGGCCAUCUCUGGGGGCCAUUGUUCUGUCUACCACACCCUUUGGUGCUAAUAAGAUCAUUUUUCCUUUCUCCAGGCAAAUAAGCUUAGAACGAAAGCUCUCCGUAACACUCUGAACCACGUGAACAAAACCCUCACUUACUACAGGAUCACUCGUGAUCCACAAGACCCUGCAGUGGGUGAGGGCCCCCGGCUGCCUGCUCCCUCCCCAACCCCCACCCAGAGAAACUGAUGCGGGUGCAGGGUCAAGUUCAGACCUGAGACCCAAGUCUCCCACUUUGGUCCCUUUCUCCCCUCCUGAGGGACCUGGAGGACGCAGUCUGCCCCUCCUCCUUCCCGGCAUAAGCAUCAGGUCAGCUGCAGUGGAGAAAGUGGUCCCUUGUGCUUGGAAAGAAAAGCAAGCAUUCCUCCUGGUUCUCACUCUGCCCUUCCCCUUCCCUUCCACUACCUGGUUCACAGUGAGUACUCGGGGCCUCCAGGUGGUUGCUCAUGGCAUCUUGGCCCUACCACCACCACAGAUGUCCCUUUCGGGAGGACUUGGGGGCAGUCCAGGGCCUUGUCUCUGGGGAGGCCUGUGGGGCUGGCUCUACACUGUGACCACAACUUUGUAGAUUCCCCACGAUGUAGAUUGGAUUGUGCACAUGUGCACACACACACAUUUGGAGCACGUGUAAGCGCACACUUAAGAGUGUAUAUCCAUACAUACGUACACAUAUCAUGAAAAAAUCUGUAAUGAAACAUAUCAAAAUAACUGUGAUUAUCUCCAUGUGGCAGGAGAAUAGGUCAUUUUUUCUUACAUGUGUGUCUUGUUUUGUUUUUUCCAAAUGUUCCACAAUGGAGAUUCAUUACUUUUACGAUAUGGAAAAACAACAAAUGUUAUUUAGAAACCGAAUCCAUAAUAGCUGUAAUAUUACAAUAAUUUAGUCUGGGCACAGUGCCUCACACCUGUCAUCCCAGCAAUUUGGGAGGCUAAAGCAGGAGGAUGGCUUGAGACCAGGAGUUUGAGACAAGCCUGGGCAACAUAGCGAGUCCCCCAUCUCUACUAAAAAAAAAAAAAAAAAAAUCAGAUUGAAAAUUAAAAUAAAUAAAAUAAUUUAAACACUUUGAUAAAAGAGAGUGAAAACAAAUUUGGGGAGUAGACUACAUGAAGGCUGGGAAUCCACCGGGCUGAGUGGCCUUUUUCUUAACAUCCCAAAAUGGAACAACCAAACAUGGCUUUAGAAACUCUUCCAGCACCUGCCAGCAUGUGUGGCCUAUACUUCUCUGGAGAGGAAACCCACUGGCCCAGUUUGGAAAAGAAUCUAGUAUGAGACUGUAUCUGAUUUAUCUGUUUAUUGAGACAGGGUCUCACUCUGUCACCCACGCUCGGUGCAGUGGCAUAAUCUCAGCUCACUGCAGCCUUGACCUCCUGGACUCAAGCCAUCCUCCCAUCUCAGCCUUCUGAGUAGCUGGGACUACAGGCAUGUGCCACCAUGCCCAGCUAAUUUUUUAAUUUUUCUUUUGUGGAGAUGGGAUCUUGCUAUGUUGACCAGGCUGGUCUUGAACUCCUGGCUUCAAGCGAUCCUCCCACCUUGGCCUCCCGAAGUGCUGGGAUUACAGGUGUGAGCCACCACACCUGGCCUUGUAUCAGAUUCAGUACUGAUUAUUUUUUUAACUAUUGUUAAGUUUAGCAUGUCAUCAUUUCAGAAUACACUGCUUCUCAAAAGAAUGAAGGCUCCAACAGCCUGAGUCUCUGUUUUUCACGAAUUCCCCAGAUGAUUCUGAAACACACCAGCUCGAGACCCUCCACUGUUGCAUGUUUGAAAGUAGUGGUUCUCAAACUUGUCUGCAACUAGAAUCACUUGUGCAGCUUUUAAAACUCUCAGUGGCAAGACCGUACUCCAGACCACAAAACUCAGGGGUGGGGGGAAGGGGACUGUUCAUCAGUAGUGUAAAUGUCCCCAGGUGAUUUUAAUGAGCAGCCAGGUUUGAGAACCAGCGUCCUAAUGGGAGCAACCUCAUAUCCAGGUGUUGUGCCUCCUGAGCCUGGGAAACAACAGGCCCUGGCAAAAACCUUGCGUCUGAAUAACUUUAUGUUCUCUGUCUCCAUCUGGUGGUCAUUCCGCUACAUUGCUAUUAUUUACCUGUGCAACUUGGGCUCUUGUACUUUUAAGAAAGUUUGCCAAAAGAAUCAAAAAAACCAAAAAGACUUGAAAUUUCAAGAAAUAAAAAUGGCUACGAAAUAUGCCAUUCUAAAGAACAGAAUGAUCUAAGAGUUAUAAAUGCAUUUGAAUAAUGCAUCUGAAUCUUUGGCAGUACUUGGCAAAUUAAAAAUCAGUCAAUAAGUGCUACUUAUUCCCAUCAUAAUUAAACAUAAGUUAGACCCCAUCUUUUGGGUACCAGUGAUUCAUUUUGAAUGAAUGGCUUUAAUUCAACAAAAAAACAUAUUUAGUCUUAUUAUACCUGUCAUACUGUUGGCAGUGGUGAACAGACACAGUCUGCAUGGUGAGAAAGAGAUUGUGUGUGCGUGCGUGUGUGUGUGAGAGAGACAGAUAGUGAGAUAGAAAUUAUUAUUUUAAUAAAAAGACUGGGAGUAUACUGCUCUAUGAGUUUUGUAACCCCAUCCCAAUCAGGAUUCCGAACAGUGAGAGAUUAUUAUUUUAAUAAAAAGGCUAUUUGGGGGUAUACUGCCCUAUGAGUUUUGUAGCCCCACCCCAAUCAAGAUUCCGAACAGUUUGAUCACUCCCACAAAUCUACUUCAUGCUUCCCAGUCAUGGCAUCCUCGCCUUACCCCAAUCGCUGGUCACCAAGCGAUUUGUUUUUUGUCCCUGUAGCUUUGCCUUUUCCAUAAUGUCAUGUGUUCAUACAAUAUGUAACCUUUUGAGAGUGGCUUCUUUAACUUACUAAAACUUCCUUCCUUCUGCUUGUUUUAGGUUUAUUUUGCCCUUUUUUUUCUU